CAACUCCAACAACAAUGUCUCCCACCGUCGUCCUCGUCACCGGAGCAAACCGCGGCAUCGGCUACGAAAUAGUCAAAGCCCUCAUCCAAUCCCCCCUCCCCUACAAAAUCUUCCUCGCCGCCCGCGACCCGUCCAAGGGCCAAGCCGCCGCAUCCUCCCUCCAGCCCCUCAUCAACCCCCUUACAGCAGCAAACAACCAGACUUCCAUCUCCGUCGUCCAGCUCGACGUCUCCUCCCCGGAAUCCAUCCAGGCCGCCGCAGAACAAGUCAGGCAAGAAGCAGGCAGACUCGACGUCCUCGUCAACAACGCCGGCAUCGUCGACCAAUCGUCAGACCCCCUCCUCCGCCUGCGCAACACCCUCGAGAUCAACACCAUCGGGCCCUUUGCCGUGACGCAGGCCUUCAAGCCCCUCCUCAAGAUCCAGCCAGAGGGGGAAGGCGAAGAGCAGCCCAAGGUGAAGCGCAUCAUCCAUGUGUCCAGCGGCCUCGGGUCCAUCGGGGAGAGGCUCAACCCAAAGGGCGCCUAUUACGGCCUCGGAGCGCCAGAGUACCGCAUGAGCAAGGCCGCCCUCAACAUGCUCGCCGCGUGCGACGCCUACGAGCUCAGGGAUGACGGCGUCAAGGUCUUUGCGUACGACCCCGAGUUUGUGGCCACCAGCUUGACGGGCACCCCUGAGGAACGCCGCAAGAUGGGCGCGCUGGAGCCGAGCGUCAGUGCCGAGAGCUGCCUCGAAAUCAUCGAGGGGAAGCGAGACGCCGAGACGAACAAGUUUCUCAGCAUCCGAGGAAAGGAUUGGCCGUGGUAAAACAUACUUUGAGACCGAUUUCCUAAGAGUAGCGAGCAACGUAGCGUGAAGACGGAUUGGAGCGCUGUUUCAAGGUCAAAGAUGGAAUGGAAUUCGCGACAA